GGGAUAAAAAGACGAUUCAACCGGGUGCGUUUAAACCACUGGAAAGGGAGUUGGUGUUUGAUAUUGAUAUGACGGAUUAUGAUGAGAUUCGGACGUGUUGUAGUGGUGGGGAUGUGUGUAGGGUGUGUUGGGAUUUCAUGACGGUUGCGAUUAAAGUUGUGCAUAAGACAUUGACGGAUGAUUUUGGGUUUAAGAACUUGUUGUGGGUGUACAGUGGACGACGGGGUGUACAUUGUUGGGUAUGUGAUGAACGGGCCCGAAAAAUGCCAUCAGAGGGACGACGAGCUAUUGUGAGUUUUCUGGAAGUGAUCAAGGGAGGUGAAAACGCUGGACGUAAAACCAAUUUACCCAAAUCCUUGCAUCCUUCUUUACGACGCGCGUACGAGGUCCUUGUCCCCCAUUUCCGCAAAACCGUCGUAGAAGGCAUGCAAGUCCUCUCGGUACGCGACCAUUGGACCAAACUCCUUGCCCUUGUUCCUGAUGAAGAUGUACGAAAGCGGUUGGAUCAGCAGUGGAGUACCCGUGAACGAUCCAAUGAAUCGAGAUGGGAAGAUUUGGUAUCUGAAUUGAAUUCCAAAAAGAAAUCGUUGUAUAAUGUGGAACGUGAUAUUAUUUUCCAAUACACGUAUCCGCGUUUGGACUCGAAUGUAUCGAUUGGGUUGAACCAUUUGUUGAAAGCUCCUUUUUGUGUGCAUCCUAAAACGGGUAAAGUGUGUGUCCCAAUGGACCCGGACCGAUGUGAAGAGUUUGAUCCAAUGGAUGUACCUACUUUGGAAAGUGUACUCAAUGAUGAAGGGACUAGUAAACGGAUUGGUGUUGAGAGGUUUUGUAAAGUCUUUUUGAGGGGGGUUGGUGAGGAGGUUCGGAGGGGGUUGAAGGAGAGGAAUAUAUUAGAGUUUUGAAAUGAAUAUGCGGGAAUUUAAUUAUGUGAAUGUUGUUUUUAUGGGUUUUUAUGUGGCAGAUUACACACUUUCAAAUGUGAGAAGACGAACGACCACCA